AUGGCCGAGCCAACGAGCUCGCAGAAACCAGCCAGCAGGCCCCAGUUCACCACGGCCAUGCGCAGCAGCUCGUACCUCAGCGACAACCAGCAGUAUCGCCGCGCCAGCCCUCGCCUGCCAGACGCCCACCACGGCAUCGACACCGUCCUCGAGUCCAAGAGCCCCAACCGCCAGUCCACCAGCAGUCCGGCCGCCGCCGCGCUGCCCUUUCGCGGCAUCCCCUCCGACGACGCGCCGCCCACCAUUGUAGAGAGCGGCAUCGACCACAGCUAUGCCCACCACAACUGCGCGCCGCCGUCCGGCCAGACGACGGACCGCCUCGUCGUGACGCUCUUCUACAAAGGGAGCGGCAACCCUUCCGCGGCGGCGGACAGCUCGCAGAAAGCGACCAGCAGCGCCGCCGCGGCGACGGCUGCCACGAGCUCGCCCUCCAAGUCGCCCAGCAUGCUCGACAGCACCGACUCCCUGCCGGCCAACAUGGCGCCCACCACCAACCUCGACGACUUCCCGCUCGAGCCGCCCACGCAGGAGUCGGAGCACCUCGACCACCUCUACGGCUCCUACGUCUCGCCCCUCUGCAUCACCUCGUUCCUGCAUCUCAUGUCCAGCUUCCCGCUGCCCGACGACGCCGACGAGCCGCACUCGUCGCACCGCUGCCUCGACGACCCGGACACGCCCCGCGUCGUCGAGCUGACCCUGACGCCUGCGCCCUCGCCCCAGUUCCUCAGCCUCGCCGAGCUGCGCAAGCACGAGAUGAUAUACCGCUUCGAGCAGGAGUGGAACGUCGACGUCGUGCUCCAGCGCGACGCCGUCUGGCGCCGCCACCCGCGCCUCGUCGUCUUUGACAUGGACAGCACCCUCAUCACCCAGGAGGUCAUUGACCUGCUCGCCCAGGAGAUCAAGGAGCCCGCCGACCUCGGCGCCCGCGUCGCCGACAUUACCCACCGCGCCAUGAUUGGCGAGCUCGAGUUCGAGGCCUCGUUCCGCGAGCGCCUGGCCCUGCUCAAGGGCCUACCCGAGACCAUCUUUGAGCAGCUCCGCCCCGUGCUCAACGUCACGCCCGGCAUCCCCCAGCUCAUCAAGGCUCUCCAGCGCCUCGGCGUCAAGACGGCCGUCCUGUCCGGCGGCUUCCAGCCGCUGACCAGCUGGCUGGCCGGCGAGCUGGGCCUCGACUACGCCUUUGCCAACGAGGUUGUCAUUGGUGCCGACGGCAAGCUCACCGGCGAGGCACAGGGCAUCAUUGUCGGCAAGGAGCGCAAGCGGGACCUGCUCGUCGAGAUUGCCGCCAAGGAAAAGAUUGACCUCUCGCAGGCCGUCGCUGUCGGCGACGGCGCCAACGACCUGCUCAUGCUGGACAAGGCUGGCCUCGGCGUGGCGUGGAACGCGAAGCCCCGCGUGCAGAUGGAGGCCGCGGCGCGUCUGAAUGGCGAUAGCUUGCUCGACUUGCUCUAUCUCUUUGGCUUUACGGCCGAGGAAAUAAAUGCCCUAGUUUUGUAA